AUGCCUCAUAGUAUUGAUACAGAAUCAGUUAUCAAAUUCCAUUAUACAGAAAAAGAUAUUGCGUCAAAGACAAUGAACAUUCAAUUAUCAUUUGAAAAAUUAGAUAAUAUUGACGAAAAAGAACCACAACAGGUUAUCCGCAUGAAAAAUGAAAUUGAAUUUUUAUUGAAAAUGAAUACAGAUGAAUAUAAAAUUGUACUUCGAGAUAAAUCAAAAUCACGACAAUAUUUCGCUGAUUGGUGGUGUGUCUUUGGAAUACCAACACAAACUGUAGAUGGAAACAGCUAUUCAAUAAAAAACUUCAUUGCAUGUAAAUAUUGUAAAGCUGUUUAUCGAUAUAGUACGACGAUGAGUUCAUGCAAAAUAAAAACACAUAAAUGUUAUGUACAAAGACGUAAACGAGAAGAAAUAGCACACACGGAAGUAGAUGAAUCAUCAAUCAAAUCAACACAACCAACUUUAUCAAAAUUUUCCUUUAAACCUGUAUUUAAUCAUGAUUCUGAUAAAAGCACGAAAUCGAAGUGCAAUGAAUUAAUAGUACAAUGGAUAUCAAACAAUAUAAGACCGUUUAGUAUUGUGGACGAUGAAGGUUUACAUCAACUAUUACAAUUUUUUUAUGAACUAGUUUCAUUUAGUCAUUUACUGAUAAAAGAUGUCAAUUUGAAUGUAAAAAGUUUUAUUCCUUCACGAUACACAAUUUCUCGAAACGUCCAUUCUGCUGCUGAAGAAACUCGUCUGAAAUUUCGAGAACUGUUACUUGAACCACUACAGAAUGAAGCUGUUACGUUAUCCCCGGAUUUGUGGACUGAUCGAUUCAGACAAAUAACUUAUUUGGGUAUUACUGCUACAAUAAUUGAUGCAUCCAGUAAGUACCGAACAUUUACAUUAUGUUGUGGAGAAUUCACUGAAAAAGAAAAGACAGGCAAUAAUAUUGAAAAGGUUUUAAAAAAUUGUUUAUCAGUAUAUGGUAUAACAAAUCUUCGUGACGUCAAUUGGGUAUGUGAUCGAGGUGCUAACAUUUUAAAAUGCUUCAGACAAAAUUAUAUCGAACCAAUAAAAUGCUAUGCACAUAGAUUAAAUAAUCUUCUUAGUUUUGCAUUUAUUAAUAAAGAUGCUGAUGUUGAUGGUGACGAAGAAGAACUAUUAUCUUUACUUAUAAAUACGGUUGAUCAAUUGUUUGAAGAAACGAUUGAGCGACAACGACUCAUAGAAACAAUCCAGUCAUGUAAAACUUUGGCAGGUUUAAUGGAAACAAUUAAACAUAAUGCUACUAAAGCUGGUGGUUCUGCUACGUCGUUAAAGCAGGAAGUUUCGUCUAGAUGGUUAAGUUUGUACAAUUGUUUAGAGAGUAUUUUUGAUAACUAUGAAAUAAUAUCAACUGUAUUGAAAGAAAAGAACAAAUUUAAUUUGGUACAAAUAAUUUCCAAACUGGCCUUAAAUCAAUUGCUGAUUUUAUUAUUACCUUUACGAUGUGCAACAAGAGACAUUCAAAAUGAUCAACAUCCAACACUUUAUCUUGUGCAACCUUUUCAUCAGUUGUUAAUUCAUACUUAUUCAUCUUAUCCGAAGUUAAUCAAAUUUGCUCUUGACUUUGAAGCUGAUCGUUUUCAAUUGUUUUGUAAUACUUAUCCAAGUGAAAAUACAGAGCCAAGUGAAUCAUUAUCAUCUGCUAAAAAAUUUGAAAUCUUAUCACGUUUACGAUCAAUAUUAAGUGAUAUGAAGCAAAAAUUCAUUACCAAUGAUGUACCUGAUCCACAUAAUGAAGAACAACGUCGAAAGAAAUUCAAAUCAUUAAAUGAAUAUAUUGCUGAUUUUGAAGAUGAUACUCUUAGAGAGGUAGAAAGAGAGUCACAACAAAACGACGACGAUGAAACAAUAAUCGUAUCAUCUCAAGGUGGUUGUUUCUCUCCAGAAUAUAUUUUUACAACAACGACAUAUCAGGUAUCGAAACCUGAUGAAAUUGAUCAAUAUUGUGCAAUGAAGAUAUCUUCUAACUUAAUUGGAAAAGAUCCGAUGUUGUUUUGGUCUCAAAGUUUUGUUCAAGAAACAUUACCAUUAUUAUCAAAAUAUGCUCGAACAAUUCAUUCUAUACCACCAACAUCUGCUUCGACAGAGAGAAUUUUCAGUAUUUCUGGUUUGGUUAUUAACAAUCGUCGUACUAGCUUAUUACCAGCACAUUUAGAUAAUGUACUAGUCAUUCGAUCAGCAUUACGUAACCGAGUUGAAGAGUCUGAUAAAUGA